AAGAAGUCCAGAUCGCCAUCCCAAUAAUGAAACCAACCCUAGAAAAGGUCCAACUGGCUGGGCAGACUUUGCCCCCUGGAUUUCCAGCUCCGUUCCUCUUUGCUGAUGGGUUGUCUUCAGUGGAAACUCUAUUAACCAAUAUCCAGGUCUACCUCAAAGGGCUGACAGAAUUCAACCUUGCCACAAUUCAGAAGCGCUUGAAAAAGGAGAAGAAAGCGAAGAGGAAAUUGCAGGAAGCUCUGGAGUUUGAAUCGAAGAGGAGAGAGCAAGUGGAACAAGCACUGAAGCAGGCCACGACAGGGGAUGGGCUCAGAAUGCUGAACGAUGCUGGCAUUCCGGAGAUGGAAGUUGACCACAAUGGGACCCAACACGAGAAUGCAGCAAUGCAAGUCUGGACACAGACCAAAAGAAUUGAAUUGAAUUGA